AUGACCUUAGCGAGGUGGAUGUUCAUUGGUCAGUUGAAGCGUAGACGCACGUUGCCGGCGCUAGACGUGCCUGAUGACGCACCCGAUCAAAAACGGAGUUGUCAGGGCAUAGGACCAUACGCAUCGUUCCUAGCGCUUUGUGGGAUGACGGCACAGCCGGAAAGCAAAAUAUCUCGGAUCGUCCUGUUUCCUAUCGAUGGCAGCACGCAUUGUGAACGCGCAUUUGCCUGGUAUGUGGAUAACCUAAAAGCACCAAAUGAUCACCUGGUGUUCUUCACGGUCGUUGAGCCUGUCUUCCCAGGCCAUGCAUUCGAAUUGGCUGUGGAAGCCUAUAUCAUGUCAAAUAUGGCUCCCGUUUUGGAUGCAAGUAUUACCAAAAGCAAACGUCUAUGCAGGGAGAAGAUGCAAAAGGCCAAGGAACUUGGACUACAUGCUCAAGCAUUCCUACAUGUGGAUAGCCGACCCGGUCAUGCUGUCACCGAGGCCAUCGAGGAUCACAAUGCCGCCAUAGUUGUUAUGGGCAGUCGUGGACUCGGUGCCUUUCGUCGCACGGUUUUGGGCAGCGUUAGUGGCUACGUACUACAUCAUUCGCACGUGCCAGUGGUGAUUGUGCCACCGGAAACUGAGUGA